AUGAAAUGGUCCGCCGAACACAUAAGAAGUCCCGCGAGAGGAUGUGUGGAAUGCAAGCGUCGUCAUAUUAAGUGCGAUGAGAAUAAACCAGUCUGUUCGAACUGCAUAAGCUCAGAACGAAGCUGUGAUUUCGCGUCCCCUAUUCUCAUAGCGAGGCCACGGCAUUCCUCUCGUUCUUCCAGCCGAAUCUCGAGGGAGUCACUUCUACCCGAUGAUGUGCAUGGCUCACAGGAAUCAAGUCAAAGUCCUCGGGACCGACAGCAAUACCCUCAAGAGGAAGCAAAAACUUCCCCGGUUGAUAUGGAACACGUGAGACUGUUCUACCAUCUAUGCACUGAAACGUUUGAUUCACUGCACGCCGAAAUUGAUGCUCCUGGCGUUUCGUUCCAAGAUGCGUUCAAAGAGGUGUUGAACGCACCGUACGUCUUGAAUGAGCUGUUGGCCCUAGCUGCCUUGCAUCUGAGUACUUUGAACUCCGACCAGAAGAACAUUUACCACCGCCAGGCGACAGAGCUACAGACGCACGCUUUGUCAAUAUUCAACCAGAUGGCACCGGAGGUUAAUGCGGACACAUGCGUGCCACUGAUGCUUUUUUCGUCGAUUCUUGGAAUGCAUGAGAUGUGCGAGACAUUAUUUUUCCGAGAAUCAACCUUUGAGCACUUCCUAGACAACUUUAUCCGUUCUCUAUGUUUGAAUCAGGGAGUUCGGGCAGUCACGGGCAGUUCAUGGGGCUUUUUGAAAGAAAGUAUUCUGGGGCCGAUGUGUAAGCAAGGAGAAAAGGCCAUGACGCCCUGUGGAACUGCUUCAGGGAAAACUUGCUCGCGGCUUCUGGAACUCAUUACGACGGCAAAUCUUGACCAAGAAAAUAAGAAUAGCUGUGAGCAAGCCAUUUUAGCCUUACAGUCUGUCCUCGACGAGUCCGAUCGGGAUGUCCCCUGGAGACCCAACGUCACUGCCAUCCGGGCUUGGCCAGUCAUGGUAUGCAAAGGUUACAUUGAUCUUUUGAGAAUGAGAGAGCCGCAUGGGUUAGUGGUUUUGGCUCAUUAUGGUGCGCUGAUACAUUUACGGCGCGAUUUAUGGAUAUGUGGAGAUGGAGGGCAAUUCCUGGUAAGGUCAAUCUGUGAUCACUUGGGCAAUGAAUGGUCAGACUGGCUACGCUGGCCAAUCGAAGUCACAUCUGGUGAAUGA